AUGACAGUCCCAAAGUCCGCAGUACAAGCUCCGAGCUCUGGGCUCGCAGCGGUGCAACCCAAGAAUCCGUCGUCGUGGGAUCCACAAGACGACGUCUUGUUGCGGCAUUUGAAAGAGGUGAGAAAGCUUGGGUGGAAAGAAAUUGCCCAGUAUUUCAAGAAUAGAACGCCAAACGCGUGUCAGUUUCGCUGGCGCAGACUGAGAUCUGGGAAUUUGAAAACCACGGGAAAAAACCCGUCCGAUGGACAUUCAGAGGAUCAACUAGGUGCUGGAAGUGGGGCUCAGGCUGGAACUGGAACUGGAACCGGAACUGGAAAUGGAAAUGAAACUGGGGUUUCAUCAUCAUCAUCAGACGGUACUGUUGAUGUGGUUCCACCCGUCACCUCAUGCCUUACAAAGCCAGAUACGGCGGUAUCUGCAGCUGGAAUCGACCCACUCUCGUCAAUGGCUUCACAACCAGCUUCGGAUCACGUGGCAAGUCCACUCGCCAUACGUUCUCAUGCAGCUUCGCACGGUGAGGAUCUGAGUGCUACCUCUACCACAGCCUCUAGCCGGUCUAUGACGCAUUUGGUCCCAUCUGUGAUGCCCGGGACACCAUAUAUGGAAUCUCCAGCCGUUAUUUCUAAUUCAACACCUAUUGCAGGACUAUCCUUUAGAAAUCCGCAAGACUCCUCGCAAUUCGCACACGGUUUCCCAUCGUAUCAGCAGUUCCCUCAACAGCAUUCAACAAGCCAAAGACCUCCAGCUCACACCCAUACAGGUCCUGAAAAAUUUGUGAAACCCAGGUCGUACUCGCAUACCAUGGCUCCACCUUCAGGCUUGCUACAUUCUUCCUCUGCUUCUCAUCUGCCCUCAACAGAUGUCAACAAGACCUCAGAAGAUGAGAACAUAGGUCUCAUACCCAAAGUCCUGGUGCGGUCGAGGCGUGCCUCCGUUGCCCAACAUCCUCCUCUACCACACUCUGCUAUAUCAACGCCUGCCCUUUCGUCAGCCUCAAGUUUCAGCAAUCUUUCCGCGGCUCUCAAUACAACCUUAACAACCUCGAAACUGCGUAAGAACUCCUUUUCCUCUCGGCCAAGACGUUCAUCUUUCCAAAUGGCUGCUCCAGAUAGAAACUUCUCGACUCCAUCCCGAAGAGGUUCCGUUGUGCAAGCACCUUCGUCGGUAGCCUCAUUGACCAGGCGUGAAAGCUUUAACAACCCUCCUUCACGCCGGGGGUCGUCGAUUCAAGCCAGAAGAGAAAGUUUUGUGCAACCUCCUAUGAGUAGACGGGAAUCCAUUUCCAACUACACAGAUGUUCCUCGGGCUUCCAUGGCGACGUUUACCCCGGUCAUGAAAACGGGUUUGAGCCAUGCUGGCUUAGUUCCCGAUCCAUCUCACUGGUCUUCGGAUGAGGACCGCCUUCUACACGAUAGAAGAGAGAAGCAUCUGUCCUUGGAUGAAAUCAGCAUUCUGCUUCCGCACAGAUCAGAACAAGAAAUUCAAGUCAGGAUAGGAACUCUGGGCAUCAGCUCUUCCUCUCCAACUAGCAAUUCGCCUCUCGACUCUCCUGACAGAUCGCUCACCGAAGAAACGGCAAUAGAGGAAGAAACCAACGCAGAUGCUGACGACAAUUCGCGUGCACCAUCGCAGGUGGUAUUCGAUAUCAAGAAAGAAGUAUCGCCAUCACUGUCACUGUCUUCAGGUUCCAACGGCAGAGAAAACUCACCAGUUUUUUCCCCACAUCCCACUAAUCGUGAUGCUUCACCUGCAACUUUCGAGACAUCCACGAAGUCUGGGAUAAAUCAGUCGUUGGAGCAGUCGAAAUUCAGUUGCUCGCCGGGUCUGACAGAUCAUCGUGGUAUUUCAUACACUCCUGUGAAUAGCAGAAGCAACUCUGUUACGCACAAUGCCGCUCUGCCUCCGCUCAACAGUCUUUUCAAAAACAUACUGUGA